CUGCCGCUGACGGCACAUGCUGGUAUUAACCAUGUUCACCUGGACCUCCAAGACAGUACUGCAGUGUCUCCAAAGACCUGCUAGGUGUGCAUUGGUGCUUCCUGUUUGCAACAUCAUUGAAAAGUCUCACAGAACUCUAUUCCACACACAACAUCAAUCUCUGAAUGAUAAAACAUUUCCUGGUGAUCACAAUGGAACAAUCACAGAUGGACAGCGAGAAAAGAUUAUCUUAGAUGCUGUGUUUGGUCCAGUAAUAUCUAAGAAAAAGAAGCAAAACAAAACCCAGCAGAGGAAAGACAAAAAUGAUACAGAAGAAGGUAUAGACCUGUUGCAGGACUCAGAAGUACCACCUGCUAAACUGGGCCUGCCUCCUGACUUACAGUAUAUGCUCACUAUGAAGCAAAAGACAAACAAGUCACAAAGGGUGAAGAGAAAGCACAAAAAGGCCGGGGAAGUUGGUAGCGCAUCAACAACUUCUGCAGAAGUGACCAGCCAUGAUGAACAGGACGAUAGCCCAUCAGAACAUGUAGGGCCAGCAAAGAUGCCUUCUAACCCUAAAUGGUCUGUACGAGACAAUGCAUCCUUUCCUCAGUUCCCAAUGACUAGUGUUCUAGCCCAACAGGAGCCUCCUGUCCAGGAAACUCCCAUGACAGUCAAACCAGAGAGAAGGAUCGACGUGGAGACUGGAGACAGUGUCCCUGAUCUGGGCAUGCCCAGUGUGGGGUCCAUAUUAAGGAAGACCAUGCCACCUGAGAGCGUGCUUGUCCUGGAGAGAUGGAAGGCACGAAUGAUUAGUGAGCUGGGAGAAGAAGGCUUCAAAAAGCUGCAGGAAGACACCUUUAAGGAGGGCGAGACCAUCCACACAGCCAUCGAUGCCCUUCUGACAGGAACUCCUGAGAGAGACCUGACUAUCCCUGAAGAGAACCAGGGCCACUGGGCCAGCAUCCAGCACAUCUUAGCUGACAUCUCAGAUGUCAGUGUUGUAGAGAGUGUUGUGAAACACCCAGAGCUGCAGUAUGGGGGCAUUCUGGACUGUGUAGCCAAAUACAGGGGCCAGUGGUGCCUAGUUGACUGGAAAACCUCCAAGCGGCUGAAGCCGACCCUGAAGCAGUGCUACGACAUCCCUCUGCAGGUGGCAGCCUACAUGGGUGCUCUGAACUAUGAUGACAAUUAUGGUUUUCAGGUGGAGAAGGCCCUGCUGGUGAUCGCCUAUGGCAACGGGGACAAAGGUCACGCCCACCUGCUACCUCCUGCACUGUCAGAGCAUUACUGGAGACAGUGGCUCAAACGCUUGCACCAGUUCAACCGGAGAUUCAGACAUACGUAGUACUUAGUGAUCCUCGGUGACAUGCUUAGCAGUGUAUCUGUAUCUGUAUCUAUAUAGCCAGUGUAACCGCCCUUUGGCGUAAAAUACCAGCAAAGCAAAACACACUGCGCCAAAACAAAACAUAGCCUGUAUCAUGAUUUCCUCCCAUUUCUGUGUAGUUGCAUUGUGUUAUAUGUAGUUUGAGAUACAUGUAUAAAGUGGCAUAGAUAUUGUUGUAGGGACAUCACUAUAGGUUACGUUGAUGUGGAUUAGAAUUUUACCAUGGUCAAUAGGUAUACUGAAUUAACUCAGUAUAGUGGCAAUGUGAAUUUUAGGAGCAUGAAAGAUACUGAAGACUGCAAUAGUGCAGAAGUUAUUUUUCUGCAAUCAAGGAGCUUCUAAAUUGUUAGAAGUGUUAGAUGUGUAAUAUCUACUACCACCAAAAUAGUAAGCUUCUUUGCCUAAGAUGAUUCAAGUUGUUAUAAAACAUUACUCUCCAAGCAGAGGUUAGUGGGGAAAAUCGUGACCUUUUCCUUUCAUAUUUUUUUUUUCGACUGGCCUUCAGUCGAAAAAAAUAAUAAAACAUAUGUACUGCAUAAAAGCAGUAAACUGGUUCAAGUUGAAAUCAUAUAAUAAAACAUAUGUACUGCAUAAAUGCAGUAAACUGGUUCAAGUUGAAAUUUUUGCAAUACUCAUUUACUUUUAGUUGAAAAAUUAAUUGAAGCAAUUUUUGCAGUAGUAAUAGGAAUGGACUUUACAAUAUCCUGUUUAAUACCAAUGUUGCCAACAAUACUUCUAAUGUGUAUGCAAUUCAGUAUAAUCCUGCAAGGAGGCGUAAUUUACAGGUGUCUUUAAUUCAGUUCAAAAGGAGGUUAUUCUCUCUAUAUUAAACCUCCUUGGUUCAAUUUAUACACUUUCCGGUACAUGUAACGCUUAAUAAAGAUCCGGUAUCUUUUA